GCAUUUGUUACCAGAUGUCAUCACGUACACUUUGAAUGUUAUCGGCAUCAUCACCACGAACCUCGAAUGACAUACUUUGGGCGUGACAGCAUGCGAAUAACCCGAGGAGCUGAAGCAUGGAGGCGGUUCUGAGCAGGCUGAGGGGGCUGAGUGCCGACGAACUGCGCGAGGAGUUUGCCCGGGCAGAUCUGAAGUGCGGCCCUAUCACAGCUACCACGCGAGCCACCUUUGAGAGGAAGCUGGCCCGAGUGCUCGCCGGACCAGAGAGCAGUGCCACCGAAACGGACAGUAGCUCGUCCACAGGCGUCUCAGCCAGCGUGGCUUCUAUUGCCGAACAUGCCAAACCUGUGUCAUGUGCCACCUCAGCAGUUGCAACUACUGCUGCAUCUACCAGCAGACCCCCUGAGGCUGCCAGCGAUGAAAUUGACUUUGGCUACGGUGUGGGUCUCAACCCUCCAGAGGAAGAAGAGAUCUCAGUAAAAACAUCCUCAAACGUCUCUGCUGUAGGCAGUAACUCUCAAUCCAAAACAGAGACUCCGUCAAAGGCUGCACAAGUGUCCCCAACCUUGUAUUAUGGAGUAUGUCCGCAGUGGGAGGAUGUUUUGGCUAGAACUGAGAAAGCACAUGUAUAUACAGACAAGAAAGAUGCCCUUCAAGCUGUAAAGAUGAUGAAGGGAGCCCGCUUCAAACCCUUUUCCAACCGUGAGGAUGCUGAGAAGUUUGCCAAGGGCAUCUGUGACUAUUUCCUCUCUCCAAACAAAUCUGCACCCUGUGUGUCUCCUGUCAAACCAGGCCUGGUCAUUAGUAAAGAUAACAUGGAGGUUGAUACCAUUAACCGUGAGCGGGCCAACAGUUUCAAGAGCCCACGCACCCAGGACUUGACGGCCAAGCUGAGGAAAGCUGUGGAAAAGGGCGACGAGGGGGCCUUCAGUGACCUGGUCUGGAGCAAUCCACGCUAUCUCAUUGGCUCGGGGGAUAAUCCCACUAUUGUGCAAGAGGGCUGUCGGUACAAUGUAAUGCACGUGGCAGCCAAGGAGAACCAGGGGGGCAUCUCCCAGCUGCUGCUGGACACCUUGGAGAACCCAGAGUUCAUGCGCCUCAUGUAUCCAGAUGACCAGGAAGUCAUGCUGCAGAAACGGAUCCGCUACAUUGUAGAUCUUUACCUCAACACUCCAGAUAAGGCUGGAUUUGAAACACCACUCCACUUUGCCUGUAAGUUUGGGUGCCCAGAGGUGGUCAAUGUCCUGUGCUCACAUCCUGACAUCGAUAAGAACUGCAAGAACAGAGAUGGCUACAUGCCUUGUGAUCUUAUUUGUAGCAGGAAAAAUAAAACACAAGAAGUGAAACAGAAGAUAAACGACUAUUUGGAGGAUCGCUGCUAUAUUCCUUUGCUGAGAGCAACCGACAACAGCUCUCAGCCCAUCAUCGGUGCUACUUGGUCACCCGAGUCCUCAGACAGUUUCUCUUUCACCCAACGGCAUACAAGAAGCCCGAUGGAUCCGGUGAUGACUGUCACUGCCUUUGCUGGACCACUGAGCCCCUCUAAAGCAAACGACUUUCGCCGCUCCUGGAAGACGCCGCCCAGAGGCCGAGCCGAGAUGUUCCACCACAUCCUCAAGUCUGAUCCCGACCGUGGGGCAGAGAGAGUGGGCAGGGACCUGGCUCAUGAGAUGGGCCACCCAUGGACUGAGUACUGGGACUUCCUUGACAGUUUUGUGGAUAUGUCAUCGACUGAGGGGCUCCGCAAGCUGGAAGAGUAUCUGAGCAAGAGGGACUUCAGCCAACGUGCUCACGAAGAGGCCGGGGAGAAUGAGGCCAGCAACAGGUUUAAAACCCCCUCUCCAGGCAAGCCCCAAAAGUUCUGCAACUCCAUCUCUGUUGGUGCCUUCCUGGACGAGGGUGAUGACAUCAGCCUUGAGGAGAUGAAGAACCGACAGAACGCAGCACUCACCAGCAUCACCUCCUCUGCUGCAUCUAAGGAUGGCCUGAAGGGAGCGGUGGGCGGUCGCGAGUUCCACAUCUUGCCCAUGGCGCUGCACCACCGCGGGGCCGACCUGAUCGAGACGGCAGCCGAGCAGGACCUGCUGUGCUGCUGCGACGACAGCCUGCUGUCACCCGGCGUCGCCUGCAAAAACGGGCUGUGCUCCUCCUCAAGAGAUAGGACUCACAACGGAGACAAGGUGUCUCCCCGUACCUCCCCGUCCUCCUGCCUGCUGUCGCCCAUCUCCAACCUCAUGGUGGAGUUUGAGCGCAUGUCACUGCAAGAGCCGUUGGACAGCCCCACCAGCUGCAGAGAGAGGAGGAGCAGUGGAGGGAGCCGGCACAGGGAGCUGAGGGACUCCUACAGCUCCUCCUCAGCUACAGACCUGAGCUCCGGGCUGAACCGCGUGUCUCUGGGUCACAGCAGCCAGGACGCUGAGGCCGUGGAGGGGCCAGGAUGGAGAACAGAGGGAGGAGAGGCGGAGGAGAGGCGCAGCAGCGGCAGCUCAGAGGAGUACUUUGAAGCAGAGGAGAGCCUGGAGAUGUUGGGCAGGACUAGGGGGUUGGUAUCAGGGGGACGCAACAUCUGUGCAAGGUCCAAAUCAUGGGAUCACGGGGGGAGGGACCUGAGCAGCUCAGGAUCAUCAGGGUCCUCUUAUAAGUCCUUAGAUAACUCCCACGAGUUCCUACCCAGGACCCCACCGCACAUUAGAAAAGGACUUUUCAUCGACGGGGAUUCACCAACCAAGUUGGACAGAGAGGUCAUGUCAGCGUUAGAAGGCACAGAUAUCGAUCCCCAAAAGUAUCCCAGCAUUCAUAAGUGGAAGAGCACAAUGAAGUCGUUCUCUACAACAGACAUGCAGAGCUGGACUAGCCCUGCGGUGGUAAAACCAAGACUCAGGAUGCAGCCUCAGACUCCCGGCUCCCCGGUCAGCGGCCUGAUGUCACCCACCGGACGCUUCAGUCCCGCCCGGCAUGCCGCCUCACCAGACUUCAGCCCCAGCCGUUACAGCCCUGCCAAUGCUAGCUACAUCCAGCGCAUCCGCCUCAAGCACUUGAACGAGCCUCCGAUCUAACCACCACCUACUCCUUCCCCCAUGCCUCCAACCACUGCGGCCAUACCCUCUACGAGCUCUAAACCCACCCACCUCCACCUCCGCCCCCUUCCUUUCUUCCCACUCCCAACCCAGCUGCACCAAGGUGACUACACCAGAGCUUAGAAACCACAUACAUAACAGAAAUAUGCACAAGUGUGUGGAAGAUUUGUAUUAAUGAUGUAUGGUACUACUCCUAUGUAAUACAGGAAUUCUCAUCAUGUUAGGUUGUAAUGUACACUCAAGACUCUAAAAAAGGAAAAAAAAAGAAAACUUGAUGAUGUAUGUACUGUAUGGGUGUGGACCGUGUUGAAUUGACGGUAAUGUUAUUUGUGGCAAGUGGACGCACCUGUAUCAUAGCCUGAGUCAACUUUUUUGGAUAUCGUGAGUACAAGCCGCACUCCCCAGAAUUAGUUCGUCACUUUAAAAAAAACAAAAAAACAAAAAAAAAACCUUAGUGUGGAAUCCUCAAACCAGAUUCUGUCACUGAAGAUGUUCUUAAGAAAAAAGAAAAAAAAAGUAAAAUGUCAAUAUUUUAAAAAUUAUUUUUUGUAUGUUGGUCAGUAGCACAAAAAUUAAAUGUUUUUAUUAAUGGUGUUAAAACCGACUGCCAUUUCCUAUGUUUUCCUCAGUUCAGGAAUUGCCUUAAUUUUUCGAAGCGACUAGUUCCGUCAGUUCGGACACGCUCUCUAGCUCAUACAAUAAAAUAUCUGGAAAUCCUCUGACUUACAUUGGUCACAGGUGACGACGGCAAAACGCGGGUGGGAAAAACUGAUGAGACUGAGAUCUUCCAUGCUUUUCUUUUCUUCAAUAAAAACGGAUACAUUUCCCAUCUUUUCUCGGUGGUUCCUGGACACGUCUUGACUUUUCCUUUCUGUCACUGUCGGCGGCCUUAGACUGUGCAAUUUUUUUUGCUUAUCUUUUUUUUCUUUUUUGAAAUAUCUUUGAAACACAAGCAUCUCCCACAGUGUGAGAAUAAAUAAUAAAAUACACACCCAUCAGUAAAGUCAUUUCAGUUUGUCUUGUCUGGGCUUAACUUGAAAAGCACCCAGACUGAGACCAACUUAAAGCUACAUUAAGCGAUUUUUUUUAUCCAGGAGGUGGGCAGAAAGAUUUCAAAACUUAACAGCUACAGAAUUCUGAUAUAUUAACUUACUCUUGCCUAUAAUGGCCAUCUUUAUAUGAAAAAAAAAGCUGCCUUAUGCUUAGAGAACACAAUUCGCGAAGAGCUGCAUAUAGUUGGGUGUUGAUUCCCAGUGAGCUCAGCAGCACUCACAACCCCCUCACAAGUAAUUCAAAUGUGUUAAGUUCAAAGUGCUUAAUAUAGCUUUAAUGUUAUGAAUCUCUUCAGUCAAAUUGGCUAACCGUUAAUUCAUGUAAACACAGCAGGUUUUAGUCUAAUGGUGGAAUGUGAAUGUGUGAAAUCCUGCUGUUUCCAAAUGAUUUGUAAUUUAGAGUUAAAUUCACUGCUGUAUGAGGGCUUAUCAGCUACGUCUAGGACUAAAGAGCCAUUCAUUUUAAAUAUUCAGAUUGCCACACUACUUCUAGGUUGAAAGAAACAAUGUUCUGAAUGUAUUAUUUUUGUUUGUGAACUAAACCUUUAUCCGAGAGCACAAACUACUUCACUGAGAAGAUUGUAUUGUCAUCCGUGUGCUCUCAGGUGACAGCGGAUCUAAUUCUGGUCUCUGAAUGUUUAUGAAUGUGGAACUUUGCAAAAAUGCACCUAAAAAACUUAAAACAUGCUUCUUGUGCUUUUAGCAUUCUGUGCUUUAUUAAAAAAAAAAAAAAAACAACUCAUGGUGAAUUCUCUUUCUGUAUGUCUAGACCUCAUUUGCUUUCAACUAAUCAAUAAAACAUCACUCCUA